CAAAGGCUAGUGUUCGAGCCUGCAGGCGCUACAAGGUCGAUACUCGAGGCGGCCAAGCUUCCUUUCCCUGACUGCACGGUGGCUGCGGUGGACACCGAGGACCCGAGAGCGGAUUUUCGAACUUCUAUGUUGGAUGUUUUUUUUUUUUCCGGGUUAGAUUGGUCGACGGGCGAGGUAGCAAUUUUUUUGGAAUGGUACUUGAAGAUGAACAUAAAGGAGAACAGGUGCUACGUAGUUGAGGCGUUCGUAGAGAUGUUUAACCGGUUCUUCUAA